GUUCUUCCGGCACUCGAACGGCUUAUAGAAGUAGAGACCACGUGCUGCAGUGGUUAUAUAUGCUCUCGCUUCUAUCUCGCUAAUUUCUGCCGCCACGAUAGCCGGAGCUAUAGAGCCAAGAAAAGCCACCUGUGUUUCGACGUGGCACUAUACCGAACGCGUCGUUGUUCGAACGCUUCGUGAUGAAGCUCUGUAGUGCACAACAGGCCACCAGUGAGCACUAUGCUUUUGUGACCUUGCAGGAGGAACUCCGCUUGCCGGAACCAGAUUAUUUCUCCCUCGACGUGGACUACGCGCGAUGUCACCCGAAAUGACUUCGUCUACGAAGUUCAUUGGUGACGAUGACAGCGGCGUGUGGCUGCCGAAGCGCGACCACCGGACCGUAGGUUGGCCACUGACCGGCAAUCCGCUGCCGGUCAUCGUGAUUACGGCCGCGUACGUGUACUUUGUCAAGGUGGCCGGUCCCCGCUGGAUGUCCAGCCGCAAGCCCUUCGAACUGAAGGCCUGCAUCCUCGUCUACAACCUGGCGGUCACACUCCUCAGCGCCUUCUUCGUGUGCCGUUUCGUGAAGCUCGCGUACUGGGACCUGGGCUACACCUUCCUACAGGGCCUUGACAACACCGACUCCCCAGCGGGCCUCGAGAUUGUGCGCUUGUCCUGGUGGCUUUACAUGCUCAAGAUAUGCGAGCUCGGCGAUACCGUGUUUUUUGUGCUGCGCAAGAAUAACCACCAGGUCAGCGCGCUGCACGUAGUGCACCACGUGAUCGUCACCUGGAACAUGUGGCUGAACGUGAGCUACGGCGCCCAGUCGCACGAAAUGUUCAUCACGUGCAUGAACACGUUUGUGCACGUGUUCAUGUACACGUACUACUUCCUCGCGGCGCUUGGUCCAGCCUACAAGCGCCUGCUCUGGUGGAAGAAAUACAUGACCAUGAUGCAGAUCUCGCAGUUUGUCAUCCUGCUGGCGCACGCCGUCGGCAUGGUGUUCGCCAAGGGAAACUACGUGGGCCUCUUUGUGUGGCUCGAGGUGGCGCAGGCGAUACUGUUCUUCGUGUGGUUUGUGGUCUUCUACAUUCAAGCUUACUCAAGGAAAAAGCUGUAGGUGUUUGCAACGUUCCGUCUGUGA